AUGCACGACGCAACAGAGACGCGUGGCUGCGAGGAUCGCGAGCAGCUCGCUGCGUUUCGUGCGUGGGUGGAUAAAGUGGGAAAACGCCGCGUGAAUACAAUCGAGGAUUUGUGCGAUGGCGCUGCGCUAUUUGAGCUACUUUCAGCCGCCGCGCCGGAGCAUUUUCACACCCCGAAACGCGUCUCGCUGGACGCGCUGCACCGGACCUGCGUGCGGUAUUACAGGGACGAGCUUGGAAGCGAGGUGCCUCCGAUCAAUGCCAAGGCAGCGAGUCGCAAAGCGUCGUAUUCUGCUCCGGACCUUGCACAGCUCCUGCGGCUUGUUCUGGGCGUGAUUGUGAAGAGCGAGCAGAGUGAUGCCCAGAUCAAGGCAAUGCAGGAGCUCGAGUAUGCGCACCAAAUGAUACUCAAGCAGACAAUUGAGUCCGUGCUUGCAUGGCUCGACACGUCGAGCCCGGCAGGAGAGAAUGUACCACACGAUCCAGACGCGUUGGCUGCUGUGCGUCGUGCACUGGCCAAGUCCAAUGAAAAGGUGUCUCGCACGCAGGACCAGCUUACGAGCGCAGAGGCACUUGUACAACAGCUGGACUCGGAAAAGCAGGAGGCGAUUCGAUCCCUGCGCGCGGCCGAGCGCGAGUGCGGCCAGCUGCGUGCGCAGCUCGACAUAUACCAGCGCGACGCUGUGCAGGAGCCGGCGCUGGAAAAGGAGCAAACUCACCGCGAGCCUUUGCAGCGCCAGCUUGCGGCGCUGCAGGAAGAAAAUACGCGGCUCGCUGCCACGGCAGAAAACAUGCACAUAACGCCUCGCGCAGACGACUUCCUUCUCCGCGACUUGGAGGAGCAGGUAGAGCGGCACGCACAGGAAAAUGAAGCGUGGGAGCAGCGGUACACUGCCCUCGAUCGUGAACACAAGUCACGCAAGGUGCAGCUGGACAGCAUCGCACAGCAGAUGCAAAAGCUCGACGUGAACGACGAGACGAGUUUGGACGCCGUCUUGGCCGAGAUCACCGCGAUGCGGAAUAACGCAAAAUCAAAAGAAAAAGAGGCGCAAACAUUGCUACGGAGGCUGGGCAAGAAGCUCGGCGCAAACGCGAGCAAGCCGCCGAAAGAACUCAAGCCCAUCCUCGACCUGCUUGCCGAAUCGUUUCAGCUGGAAGACGUCGUCAUACAGCGCGUGCAUGACUGCUGGUCGGAAGCCAACAAGCGCCACGCACAGAGCACCGCGCCGAGCAUGCAACCCGACGCCCGAGUCGAAGCGCUGCAGCGCGAGCGCGACGCGCUGAAACAGGAGCAAAGGCUCAUUGCGUCUGCGUUCCACAUGCUGAGCCAGCGUGUAUACCGAGAUAGGAGCUGGGACCAAGUGAUGGCGCCCGAGCAGACGGCGCGUUGGGAAACACACAGCACCCCAGCGCCCCUUUCAAACAUGUCGUGGCUCGCACAGCAACGAGGCGCGCUUGCAAAUGCGUUUCAUUUCAAUCGUGGGUGA